GGGGGUGCAGCUAGCAGAACGAUACUUCCCCAAAAGACUAUUCAAAACUUCUUUCACGAAACUCUGAUUUUUGCACACCAAAGAGAACCCUCACAGUCAGUCCCGCCGUCACGAAACCGUCGUUCGUCCACCUCACCGCAGGUCAAUCAGUUACGAAAGACAUAAAAAAACCUGCGGCAAGUAUUAGGCCAAAAUAUUUUCUUAGUGCUUAAGAAUACAGCUUUUCAGUGUUUUCGAAAUGCCUCGAAAGCCAAGAAGGAAGCAACGACCCAAAUCUUGGCCCGUUACAUUCUCCCCUUUUGCCCGCGCUCUUGCUCGUAUGGCCUCCGUUUCUAAGCCAAACCGUCGUUCCAAAUCCAUUGAAUCCUCUGAGAAACCCACCCGUUCCUCUACUAGCAAUGGCUCCAGCAAGCACACUUUGGAAGAGAGACCAGAAGGGUCCGAGUCAUCUGAUGGGGAGUUUGAUGGAGUUGUCCAAGCAGAUUUUGCCUUUUUUGAUCCUAAACCCAACGAUUUCCAUGGAGUUAAGACCUUGCUGCAAACUUACCUUGAUGUCGAAGAAUGGGAUUUGAGUGGCUUUGCAGACUUGAUUUUGGAACAGACUACUGUAGGGACUGUUGUGAAGGUAGAGGAUGAUGAGGACGAAGGAGUUUUCGCUCUUGCUACCGCUCUUAAUUUAUGGAGGUAUAGGGAGCAAAGAUGUAUUAUGAAACUCAAGGAAUUUCUCCUCCUUAAAGCAAGCCAAGAGAAGGGCGUUGGUGAUCAGUUGAGAUUACUUUUGGGGGAACGAGCACAUAAUGUAGGUCUUCUGGUAUCACAACGUGUGGUGAACCUUCCUCCCCAACUUUUACCACAUCUUUAUGAUUCUCUUUUUAAUGAAGUGUCAUGGGCCACAGAAGAUGAGCCAACAGAGGACCUCCGGAAUUCCUUCCAGUUUAAGCAUUAUAUAAUACUUAGUAAAAUUUACAAGCACAAGAAUGCAGAGCAACAGAAAAGAAAACGGAGCGAUGAUAGAGAAGAGGAAAUAGUAUACGUAAAGCCAGAGGAUGAAAUUUUUCACGAGUUAAGUUCGUGGUCCUUCUGUUUUCCUCUACGCACUCAGCAGCCUGCACCUCAUGAGCUGAAGAAUUACAGGUCAAUGGGAUUAAUCAUGACUGUUGAGGCAGACAAAAUUCCAACAUUUCGUCAACAAUUAACAUCUUUAAUAAAUGAAGGCUGAAGGCAACCAGAAGGUGUUUGAGAUGCCAAAUUUUGGGAAAGUUAAACUUUGUGGUCCUCUUUAUUCUACAAUGAUAACUGGCAAAAUAUUGAAAAUACUUGUUCCUCCGUUGUUAGUUUGUUCACUUUUGUGUUUCUCAAUUUUUGGCUAAUGCUAUUGUUAGCGUUGAAAAAGUUACCAAUGAAAUGGAUUUUUUUAUAUUUUUUUUAUAUUUCGGUUACACAAUGAAAUGGAGAUUGAAUAUAUGUUUGUUAAAAAAA